AUGAAGGUUUUAAAAUCGAUCCAAGACUCAAUUGAAGAAUCAGGUAUGUCUGAUGAUCUUUUCAAUAAAGAGGAUGAUGCUAAAACGGCCUUGUUGAUUGCUAGUCGUAGACACGAGGCUCUUUGGGCUGAGAAGGCGAAACUGAGAUGGAUGAAAAAUGGGGACUGCAACUCCAAGCUUUUUCAUCUCUCUGUGAAGAUGAGGAGGGCGAGAAAUCAAAUUUCUGCUUUAAAGAGGGAGGAUGGUAUUAUAGAGCAUCAUGAUCUUCUGGAUUGUAUCCCCAAAAUUCUGUCCAAUGAAGAUGUGGCUAGUCUAGAAGCGACUCCUAGCAGAGAAGAAAUCAAAAAAGCAGUGUGGGACAUGGAUCCUGAUAGUUCUCUUGGUCCUGAUGGAUUUCCAGGAAAAUUCUUUAGGAAAUGUUGGGAGAUAGUGGAGACGGACUUUGGUAAGGCUUAUGCCUCUUUUGCCGGAUUGGUCUCAGAUGAGCAGGGUGCAUUCCAGAAGGGUAAGAUUAUUUCUUCCAAUAUUAGUCUGGCCUCGAAGCUGGAAAAUCUUAUGCAUUCUGCUAUGAGGGGUGGGGGCAUGGGAUUGAAAUUGGACGUGCAGAAGGCAUAUGACUCCUUAUCAUGGAAAUUCCUUUUUGCCACAUUGAUAAAGUUUGGUCUCUCGGACAAAUGGAUCUCUUGGAUCCAGCUUCUUUUAAGCUCUUCCACGUUAUUUGUUUUAGUGAAUGGAGGGCCAGAGGGUUUUUUCCCAGUGGGCAAAGGUCUGAGACAAGGAGAUCCUAUUUCUCCAUUCUUAUUAAUUUUGGCAGAGGAGGUGUUCUGCAGAGGUUUGAAGUUGCUAGUAAUGGAUGGGAAGUUGAAGUCUCUCCCGGGACCUCGAGUAUAUUGGUGGCCGGACCAUUCUAUUAAAUUGGUGGAACGGUGGAUGAGUAAUUUUAUCUGGUCAGGUGAUAUGGAGGUCACAAAGAGAAUAGUGGUGAACUGGGACGAUGUCUGCAAACCAAAACAGGAAGGGGGGUUAGGCAUUCGCAAACUGCGAGAUGUAAAUUUUGCCUGUCUAGCAAAGUUGACUUGGCAGAUUAAGCAUGAGGAGUCCUCUAUGAGAUGGGUCAAAUUAAAUUCUGAUGGCUGUUCGUUGGGCAAUCCGGGAAAAGCAGGUGGGGGAGGUCUUCUGUGCAAUGAGAAGGCUGAAGUGUUAUAUAAUUACAGAGAGUUCCUUUAA